AGCCUGCAACGUGCUCAAACAUGGACGGAGAGGGAGGGGGAGAGAGAGAGCACAUGGAAAUGGAAGAAAAAGGCAAAUUGAGAUUUACAUAUAUUGUAAACCAUAAACCUUCAGAUUCUAUUGCUUUCUCUUCCCUCCAUUCAUGGCUGAGCUUCUUGAAUCUGCCUGGCGGUAUCUGAUCACAAACUUCAGUGAUUUUCAACUAGCUUGUAUUGGAAGCUUUAUUAUCCAUGAAAGCGUGUUCUUCUUAUCUGGGCUUCCCUUUGUUUUUCUGGAAAGAGCAGGGUGGCUAAGCAAGUACAAGAUCCAGGCUAAGAAUAAUAGUCCUGCUGCUCAAGGAAAAUGUAUUUCGCGCCUACUGCUCUAUCACUUUGGUGUAAAUCUGCCCGUUAUGAUCGUUUCGUAUCCGGUGUUCAAGCGUAUGGGCAUGAGAAGCACUCUUCCAUUGCCAUCCUGGAAAGUCGUUUUCGGCCAGAUAAUAUUUUACUUUAUUGUGGAGGAUUUUGUUUUCUACUGGGGCCAUAGAAUUUUACACACCAAAUGGCUGUACAAGAACGUCCACAGCGUGCAUCACGAAUACGCUACCCCUUUUGGACUAACAUCAGAAUAUGCUCACCCUGCCGAGAUCCUGUUCCUCGGAUUCGCAACCAUUGUCGGUCCUGCUCUUACCGGUCCCCAUCUAAUGACUCUGUGGUUAUGGAUGGUACUUCGAGUGCUAGAGACGGUCGAGGCUCAUUGUGGUUACGAUUUUCCUUGGAGCCCUUCAAACUUCAUACCUUUGUAUGGGGGUGCUUACUUUCAUGAUUAUCAUCACCGGCUGCUUUAUACAAAAUCUGGCAACUACUCGUCGACGUUCACUUACAUGGACUGGAUAUUUGGAACCGAUAAGGGUUUCAGAAAUUUGGAAGCUAUAAAAAAGGCGGAAAGUUGAUGAGACGAAAGAGAACGAGCUGAGGAAAACGUCGGGUACGUUCGAGAUAGGUUUCUGAUGUAUAGGCCGACUCGAAAAGGUUUAGUUCUUCUAUAUCAUUACCCUUUCUUGUGUGCCAUGAUGUGUUUUGUGUCUGUUUUGUUGCUUAAAAUGGCUGUAUUCCGAAGCUAAUGUUGAGCUUCUACUAUGGAAUUUGGCUGUCAUCUUCUUGUGGUUCAGUUAAAACUCUGUGUUCUUCUACCAAUUGGCUUUCCAUGUGACUU